UCGCAGGGCAGAGCAGGCAGGGAGGGCGGCCGGAGCCCGGACACGGGAGCCUCCCAGUCAGUUCAAGACCCGACAUGAGGGAAAAGGGCCGUAGGAAGAAGGGCAGGACCUGGGCGGAGGCCGCCAAGACGGUCUUAGAAAAAUACCCCAAUACACCCAUGAGUCAUAAAGAAAUUCUUCAAGUUAUCCAGAGAGAAGGACUAAAAGAAAUCAGAAGUGGGACUUCCCCUCUUGCAUGCCUGAAUGCAAUGCUGCAUACAAACUCCCGAGGUGAAGAGGGCAUCUUCUAUAAGGUUCCAGGUAGAAUGGGAGUAUAUACUUUAAAGAAAGAUGUGCCGGAUGGGGUGAAAGAGCUAUCAGAAGGUUCGGAAGAAAGCAGUGAUGGUCAGUCAGACUCCCAGAGUUCUGAGAACAGCGGAAGCAGCAGUGAUGGUGGCAGCAACAAGGAGGGGAAAAAGAGCAGGUGGAAAAGGAAAGUAUCGUCUAGACUGUCACAGCCAUCUUCUCCCCAGUCAGGCUGCCCAUCACCUACCAUUCCAGCAGGUAAAGUCAUUUCUCCAUCACAGAAGCACAGCAAGAAGGCACUAAAGCAGGCUCUAAAACAGCAACAGCAGAAGAAGCAGCAACAGCAGUGCAGGCCGAGCAUGUCCAUCUCCUCCAACCAGCCUCUCUCUCUGAAGACUGUCAAAGCAACCAGUGACUCUCUACCUGCCAAACCUGCAAUAUGGGAAGGAAAGCCAUCUGAUGGGCAGUCAAGCAGCCCUCAAAACUCAAACUCUAGUUAUUCUUGUUCAGUUCAAGUGGAAAAUCCCUUGCUGGGCUUGGGGAAGAAGUCAUUCCAGAGGUCUGACAGGCUCCACACAAGGCAAAUGAAAAGGACUAAAUGUGCUGAAAUUGAUGUUGAGACACCAGACUCCAUUCUGGUUAAUACAAAUCUACGAGCACUGAUCAACAAGCACACCUUUUCAGUCCUUCCUGGAGAUUGCCAACAGCGACUGCUUUUACUCCUUCCAGAGGUGGAUCGACAGGUUGGUCCAGAUGGUCUGAUGAAGUUAAAUGGCUCAGCCCUUAACAAUGAGUUCUUCACUUCAGCAGCCCAAGGCUGGAAGGAAAGACUCUCAGAAGGUGAGUUUACACCUGAGAUGCAAGUGAGAAUUCGACAAGAGAUUGAGAAGGAGAAAAAAGUAGAGCCAUGGAAAGAACAAUUCUUUGAAAGCUACUAUGGUCAGAGUUCUGGUCUGAGCCUUGAGGAUUCAAAGAAAUUGACAGCCUCGCCCAGCGAUCUCAAAGUAAAGAAAACCCCAGCUGAGCAACCAAAAUCCAUGCUCCCUUCAGAGGCCUCACCUGUCGGUAUAGUCCCAGUAAUUCCCCAGUUAGGGUCUAAAGAAGAAGUGGUGCAAAUGCCAUCCCCGGUAAGAAAAGAAGAGCAUGAAGGCCAAGACAUGGUGCAGCCAAACCCCAAGUCCACAGAGCCCCUACUUCCCUCAGCAAGCAAUACACAAGAGCUUAGCAGCAUUCUUCCUAUCAAGUGCCCAAAGGAUGAUGAUCUCUUGGAGCAGAAGCCAGUUGCCUCUGCUGAACAGGAGUCUGAGAAGGAGAAUCAUCUCACUACAGUUUCUAAUUAUAACAAAGAUGAAAGCCAAGAAGCUUUAGUUACAUCCCCAAACAAACCCAAGAGUCCUGGGGUGGAAAAACCAGUAAUGAAGCCCAUAGCAGAAGCAGGUCCACAGGAUAUCACUGCGAAAGAACCUCCAUCAGCUCUGGUUGAUCACAGCCCAGAAAGCCUCAAGAGGAAAUCUUGUCUCAUCCAAGAAGAGGCCCCCGUGAGCUGGGAGAAAAGGCCACGUGUCACAGAGAAUCGCCAGUACCAGCAGCCAUUUCAAGUCUCGCCACAGCCCUUUCUCAGUAGAGGGGACAGGAUCCAGGUGCGAAAAGUACCACCUCUCAAGAUCCCGGUCUCCAGAAUCUCCCCCAUGCCUUUUCCUACAUCGCAGGUCUCUCCCAGGGCUCGUUUUCCAGUCUCCAUCACUAGUCCUAACAGAACAGGAGCCAGAACUCUUGCAGACAUCAAAGCAAAAGCCCAGCUGGUCAAAGCACAGAGGGCGGCCGCCGCCGCAGCGGCCGCCGCCGCCGCCGCCGCGGCCUCAGUUGGAGGGACCGUUCCAGGACCUGGCCCCGGCGGCGGACAAGGCCCCGGAGAGGGCAGUGACAGCAAAACUGCUGGAGGAGGGAGGCCAGACUCAGACAGAGGCCGCGAACCUGAAGAGGGCCCCACCCUGGAGUUGGCAGGAACUAGAAGCGGGGGAGGUACGAGAGAGCUUUUACCCUGUGGGCCAGAGACUCAGCCCCAGUCUGAGACCAAGGGCCCAGAGCAGGCACAGCCUCAUGGUGUCUCUGGAGCACAACUACAGCAAACCCCCUCGGUGCCUCCAAGCUCUGCCAGCGGUGGAGCCGGCGCAAGGGCCCCCUCCCCAGCCCGCACUAACGCGCCCCCACCAGCUGUAGGGAAGCCGGCUAACGAACCCCCGCACCCCCCCAGGGCAGCAGCCGCAGUGGCCUCUCUCCCCCACCCACAAGGCCCCGGGACCUGCAGACAGGAGAAGGCACCUUCUGCUCCGACGGGUUCCGCGCUCAUCUCAGGUGCCUCCCCACCUGUUCGUUUCGCAGCCGAUGGCACAGUCGAGCCCAGAGCAGGUUCUGGUAGGAACAUGCCAGACCCUUCGGCCUCAGCAGAGACAACCGCUAGUACUUCAGCGGCUGUGACUCCCUCUCCUUUGACAUCGUUGUUGACCGCAGCCGCUUUAGAAAAGCUUCCUGUACCCCAGGUCAGCAUGACUGUAGCGCCUCCGGGAUCAGCUCCGUCCUCGAGCACUUUGCCAGUAGCUUCUAGCCUUAAAACUCCAGGAACUUCUUCAAAUUUGAAUGGACCCAUGCCAAGGCCGAGCUCUAGUAUCCCUGCGAACAACCCUUUGGUCACUCAGCUGCUUCAGGGCAAAGAUGUUCCCAUGGAGCAAAUUCUGCCUAAACCUCUCACCAAAGUUGAAAUGAAAACUGUCCCACUGCCCACGAAAGAGGAGCUGGGGACGGGAGUGCUCACGGGCACUGGUGCCACAGAAAACAGCGUCAGAGAGGAAGGGGGUGAGAGGCAGUCCCACCCGGCUCUGCAGCAGCUGGGGAAAGCCUUGCAGAGUAAGCAGCUCCCCCAGGUUCCAAGACCCCUUCAGCUCUUUUCAGGUAAGGAACUGAGGGACUCUAGCAUUGACACACACCAGUACCAGGAAGGACUAAGCAAAGCCACCCAAGAGCAGAUCCUUCAGACUCUCAUCCAGAGGGUUCGGAGGCAGAACGUUCUCCCAUUUGUGCAGCCCUCCCAGUUCAACUUCGCUCACUCAGGUUUCCAGUUGGAAGACAUCUCCACAAGCCAGAGGUUCAUGCUGGGUUUUGCUGGCAGAAGGACAUCGAAGCCUGCCAUGGCAGGUCACUACUUACUUAACAUUUCCACCUACGGCCGGGGUUCAGAGAGCUUUAGGAGGACCCAUUCUAUAAACCCUGAAGACCGUUCGUGUCUAAGUAGCCCCACGGAGGCCUUGAACAUGGGGUACACAGACUGUAAAAAUGCAACAGGAGAUAGUAGCAGUGGCAAAGAAGAAGAUACGGAUGAGGAAAGUACCAGUGAUGAGCAAGAACCCAUCGUGGUGAAGGAGGAGCCCCAGGCUGCCCAGGGUCCUGGCAGGUGUGAAGCAAGUUCGGGGCCCCACAGUAGAGAAGCCCUAUCCACCAAUGAUUGUUUCGCAAAAAAGAAUGUGAAGGCGGAGACACCAGUGCAUGAGCAAACCACUUUAAGCAAGGAGAAUUACCUGUUCGCGAGAGGCCAAACAUUUGAUGAAAAGACCCUAGCCAGAGAUUUUAUUCAGGCAGCACAGAAACAAAUGGCUCACGCAGUGAGAGGCAAGACGAUGCGUAGCAGCCCUGAGCUUUUCAAUUCUACUGCUCUUCCUCUGACCGCAGACAGUCCCACCCAUCAGCCUCUCCUCCUUCCACCACUGCAGACCCCGAAGCUAUAUGGAAGCCCCACGCAGAUCGGGCCAAGCUAUAGAGGCAUGAUCAAUGUCUCCACCUCGUCCGACAUGGACCGUAACUCUGCUGUCCCGGGGAUGCCUGACUGUAGCCAGGUGGCUAGCAAUGUAGGUGAUGUCAUGUCCUUUUCGGUGACUGUCACUACCAUCCCUGCUAGCCAAGCGAUGAAUCCCAGCAGCCAUGGCCAGACCAUUCCUGUUCAGGCCUUUCCUGAAGAGAACAGCAUCGAGGACGCACCGUCGAAAUGUUACUGCCGAUUGAAAGCCAUGAUCAUGUGCAAGGGGUGUGGAGCAUUCUGCCACGAUGAUUGCAUUGGGCCCUCGAAACUGUGUGUCUCCUGCCUUGUCGUUCGGUAACGAGACUAGAAAGAGAACACGCUGUAAAGGAGGCAGGGAGGGAAGGGUUGAUGAGAUGUGUUUUUUGCGUCCUUUCGGAAUCACAGAAAUAAAUAAGUAGGUUUCAGUUGUCUUAAGAGACAGACGUUACUUAAUCAGGAAUACAGAGUACAGAUCUUAUAUUUUAGAGGAAGAGCACCUUGUAUAGUAAGUCUAGGUCA